GUUGAGUUGUCGUCCAUUUUGUCGUCGUCUUCUUCCAGCCAGCCGCUCACAAACACGUCACAACAAGCCACAAGGAGAAAAGACGACGCGCUGUCGCCAUGUCCGGCGGAGAGAAGAGAGCGAGGGAGGAGGUGGAGGCGUUGCUGGCGCAGACGAAGCUGAAGGAUGGGGUGAAGGACAAGAUCAGGGCCAUCGCCAACAACACGUGUGGGGAUAGAAUACACUUCUUCAAUGCUGGCCUCGGCGCCAUUGGGGCGCGUGCGGUGGCCGAGGCGCUCAAGGACAACACCUGCCUCAAAGCACUCAGCCUGCGAUGGAAUUCCAUCGGCGAUGAGGGCGCGGCGUUGGCGGAGAUGCUGAAGCACAACACGACCCUCGAAGAACUCAGCCUGGGAGGCAACCGCAUCGGUCCUGAGGGCGCUGUGGCGUUGGCGGAGAUGCUGAAGCACAACACGACCCUCACAGCACUCGACUUGUAUAACAACUCCAUCACCCCGGUUGGCGGUGCGGCCCUGGGUGCCGCACUGGACCAAAACCGCACGCUGUCUCGGCUUGAGAUCAACAAGAACUCCACCGCCACCGCCCGCGCCUUUGGUGCCGCGCUGCCCGUCGACCGAAAACUCGACACAGAUUGGGCGUACGACGAUGAGGGCAAGGCCGCCUUUAACGAAGCACGCGAGGAGAAGAAGCGGCAGCAUGAGCAACUGUUUGCCGCCUGCAGGGAUGGCGACGCUUCCGUUGUCACCUCCCUCAUGGAGCAGGACAAUGCAGACAUCAACCAACAGGACAAGCGGGGCGACACGCCGCUGCACGUUGCCUGCAGGCACAACCAGCCCGCCGUCGUGGAGCUGCUCCUGAAGAAGGGCGCAGACACUGCCGUCAAGAACAUCAGGGGUGGAACACCAUUCAUGGUGGCGCAGAAACGCAAUUUCCACGCCAUCACCAGUAUCCCAGGGCUCGACCCAGACAGCAAACCCCAGCAACAACCACAGCAACAACAGCAACAACCAAAGCAAGAGCAGCAGCAGGCGGACAUGACAGCUUCAGACACACCAGAUACAGAGCAUGUACGUGCACAGGAAACCCAUUGUCGUUUGCACUGCUGUACCACUUCAGACUUUUUUUCACCUUGGGUAAGCCGUUCACAAGCAGCAGCACUUCACGCUCGGCGCACCACCGAUGACAUGAGAGUCACCGUCCACACCAUGGAAGUGUGCGACUGGAAGGAGAGCGACCAGAGCACGUCCGAGUUCAUCCGCAGUCUCGUUGGCACGGCGAUGGCACGCGAGGCCGGCGUGGACGAGGAGCUGAAGCGCGCGUCAGCAAAGGCACGGGCGCAGCACGCCACCCGUGUUACCGAGCAACAGCACGAGGAGGCCAAGAAGCAGGCCAAGAAGCAGGCCAGGACGGAUGACAAGAAGCAGUGCAAGAAGGACCGUCGCACAACCACAACUUCCGCUCCAUCAUCCGACAAGGCGUCCACCGCAGCCGUGCCUGCACCUGCUGCAGGUCGUGAUGCCUCCAAAGCAACGCCUGCAGCAAAGGAGCAGCACCCAGCUUCCAGCCACGCCGACGUUGGUGACGACAAUGCUGACGUCGUUGCCGUGACCACACCAUCCGUUUCGAAGGAGGAGGUGGAGAAGGCAAUCAAGGACAUGGACUUUGAUGCGACAAUUGGCGAAGGCAAGAUGCAGGUCUCCUUCAAGAUCUUUGACCUGGGCGGUCAGUCCACCUUCUACAUCUUCCACCCUUUCUUCCUCACAGAGUACGCGGUGUACCUGCUGGUGUUCUCGAUGGAGGACCUGCUGCACCAAGACGAGAGCAAGCGGACAGAGGCGUGGGAGUUUAUGGAGCACUGGUUGUCUUCUCUCCACCUCCAUGCAAAAGGCGCGCCCGUCCUCAUCGUCGGCACCUUCGCUGAUGUGGUCAGUCAGCGGAAGCAACAUGAGCAGAUCUCGCGUGACAUCCACAGCCGCCUGCGCCACAACCCGGCCUUCGCUUCUGUUGUGUACAACAGCAAGCACAAGCUGUGGUUCUGGCCCGUCGACAACACCAAGUCCAUCGGCGACCCCAUGAUCCAGGACCUGCGCCAGACCAUCUCCUCCACAGCCUUAGCGCAGGAGUACGUGAGCCAGGAGGUCGCUGUACCCUACCUCCACCUCUACGACAAGCUCAACGCCAUUGCCCGCGACGAGAAACGGCCGCUGCUCACGUUUGACGAGGUGGUCCAGAUUGCGCGCACCUGUGGGCUGCGCACACGUGAGGAGACGAGAGCCUGCCUCCAGUUCCUGCACUUGUACUCCAUGGUGCUCUACUACGACAGUGUGCCAGGCAUGGAGGCCUAUGUGAUCCUGAGCCCGCAGUGGGCGGUGGACACGAUGACGCGCGUUAUCCGCACGUUUGGCCUGCACGACGACGAUGUGCAGGGGCCGGAGGUGCGGGCACUUGGCGCCAGCGUGUGGGACGACCUUGUCGACCGCGGCAUCCUGCACCGUCGUCUGCUGGAGGUGUUGUGGAGAGACGUGGACAGCAACUUGGUUGACCCGUUCCUGCGCCUCAUGAUGCAAUAUGGGCUGUGCAUUGAGUAUGCAUCACCCAAGCUGGUGGACAGCCGCAGAGCGCUCGCCCGCACCAACUCCGGCCACGGUGACAACGAUGGUGUGAGCAAGGGCAAUGACGCACACCAACGCCAGCAGCACCAGCAGCAGCAAUACCUGGUCCCAGCCAUCCUGCCGAUGACGAUCCGCCACAGCAGCAGCACGAUGGAAUCUGUCACUCUGAGCACGACAGCAGCACAGCAGGUCAAUCCAUAUCUUGGGUUUGAGGAGAAGACGGCGUAUGUCACCUUUCGCCUGAAGCAGUUCAAGACAGAGGCGAGCGUGCGUGUUGAAGACGCACAGCAUGCGUCUUUCCUGCCAGAGGGCCUGUUUACGGUGGUGUUAGCGCAUGUGAUGACGCAUGCACAGCACGGCGCAUCGCAGCAGCCCAAGCUGAGUCGCACCCACGCCAUCUGCUUCAUGGAGUCGACCAAGCUUGAGUUGCAGCUUGUGCCGGCUGUUGGCGGCAUCAAGAUGAAGAUCACGAGUGCGCAGCCACGCGCCAUGCUGCAUAUGCUGCACAAGAUGAUUAGCGAGGCCGCCAGAGAGCGCUAUCCCGAGCUGAAGAGCAGCCUGUUGUUGCCGUACGACGACAAGACGCUGCUGUUCUUCGAGGAUGUGCUGCACCACCACAAGAGCAAGCAGGACAUGUGGGUGGACGAGCAGCUGCUGCCGCCCGAUGACCUUGUCGCCAAGUAUGGCCCUCUCUUGCCCGUACUCGGCCUGCAGGACAAGUACGACGUCUUCAUCAGCUACAGGCAACGCGCCAGCAGUGGGCUGGUGAUGGCGCUGCAUCCGCGCUUGGAGCAGCGCAACCUGGUGGCGUUCCUGGACGCCAACAACCUGGAGACGGGCCUCAACUUCAAGUUGUCGUUCAUGACGGCGAUUGGGCUGAGUCUGGUGGCGUGCCCCAUCGCGUCUGCUGCCACCAUCAUGCAGAUGAGGCAGCUGCAGCACAGCGACUACUGCGACAACGUGCUGCUGGAGUGGAUGACGAUGCUGGCGCUGCACGAGUUCCAGCGGGCGCACGAAGAAGACGAGGAGCAGCAACACGCCAAGAUCCGCCUUCGCCGUGUCGUGCCCGUGAUUGUUGGCAGCGCGUGGCACAAUGUGAACGAUAGCAGCAGCAUGAGCAGGGCCGAGGUGAGCGAGUACGACUCGUUUGACCGCCUGAAGCGGCUGGCGAUGACGUUGCCAGAUGUUGUAAGCAAGGAGACAGCCGUAGCGCUGGACCAGUAUUUCACGCAGGUGCUACACUUGCCACCGCCACAGCAGCACAAGAGUGUACGUGAGACUGUGUUGUCACUGUUUGACAUUGACGCGGUGGUUGCUUUGAAUGCUGUUGUGGACCGCACGUCACAGCUGCGCGACAUUGCAGAGAAGGUGCGCCAGGUUGCCGUCUCUGCCAGAAGCGACGAACAAACAACGCAGGAAGCAGGCACAGCACGUCGAUCCACGCAGCAGUCCUCCUUGUCGCUCUCGUCCACCACCGCGACAACUCCUGCUCCACCGCCACCCGCCACCCCAUCUUCCUCCUCGUCCUCCUCAUUGCCAUUUGAGCCAGAUCUCGUUCAAUGGCUCAACCGCCACUCGCUGCUGCCGCACGUCGAGUCCGCCCUGGUGGAGCACGGCAUCGACUGCCUGGAGGUGCUAGUCGUGUCUGUUCAUGAGGAUUUGCUCACGAUGCAAAUGUUGAAAGGUGCGGGUGUGAGAGUGGGCCACGCAGUCAAGCUGGUGCGAGAGGCAAUGAAGUGUUAUGUGGACGCAAGCUCAGCGUAUUAGCUCUUGGCCACUUGCCUCGUGGCACGCCCUUUCUUCUCUUUCACCACCGUCCAUUUUGUGGCUUCUAUUCUCUCCUCCAGUCCUGUCACCGUGGUGCAGUUGUUACAUUUCGUCCAUCACCCACUGUUCUGUUACACGCACGCCAGUUGUGGUUUCCUUCCUUGACGCUCGCUUGUGUUCCACUGCUCUGUGCUACUGCUGCUGCUGCUGCUGCUGCUGCUGCUGUUGUUGUUGUUGUUGUUGUUCUUCUUGUU